CUUUCUGCUGUUGUUGGGGAUUUUUAAGGGUUCCCCAGAUUCCUGUUUUUCCCUUUUAGAUAUCGUCUAAUCGUUCAUUUUAAGACUCUAUAAAGUUUGAAUGUACAGAAAGGAUACGUUUUAUUGUCUGGGUGUGUGUAUAUAAGUGUGUGUUUGGGAUGAAGGGUGUGUGUGUGUGUGUGUACUGUAAACUGGGCAGCUGUAACCCGAGCGCUUCAGCGCGGUAGAGCAGAGCAGCGGCUGAUAAAGACGAGCUCAGUCCCGAAAAGGAAACACAUUCCUCAAUCUGGACACUGUGUAUAUGAACUUAUUACUGAGGUGUGGAUCUGUGAAUCAGGAUGAAGGCCUGGGAAUGGCUCCUGCUUACCUGCUGCCUGUUCAGUCUGUGCAAAAUUGGAGAAACCUCUGAAGCAGAGAAUCAGCUAAUGAAGAAGCUUUUCUCCGCUUACAAUGUCAAAGUGCGACCAGCGAAAACAGUAGAGAGCAAAGUGGUUGUAAGGAUUGGCAUGAGCCUGUCAUCAUUCGUCAGUCUGAACAUGAAAAAUGAAGAGAUGACCACCAUUGUUAUCAUGAACCUGGAGUGGAACGAUCCCCGUUUGGCCUGGAAUCCCAAAGAACACAGUGGCAUUGACAUACUGCGAAUUUCAUCAGCAAAAGUGUGGCUCCCAGACAUUGUGUUGAUUAACAAUAAUGAUGGUGUGUUUGAAGUGGCACUAAAUGUUCAUGUUCAGGCGUACAGUAAUGGCAGAGUAACAUGGACCCCGCCUGCCCUUUUCCGCAGCUCUUGUGGUGUUAAGGUGACAUACUUUCCAUUUGACUGGCAGAACUGCACCAUGGUGUUCAAGUCAUUCACAUACGACUCGUCUGAAAUAGAUCUUCAGCAUGCCCUUGACGAGACCGGCAAAGAGAUACAAGAGAUUGUCUAUGACAACAGUUUCAGUGAGAGUGGUGAAUGGCAUAUCCGUCACAAGCCUUCCAGGAAGAAUGUAAAGAAAGAAGACCUAUAUGAAGACAUCACCUUCUACCUGAUCAUCGAACGCAAACCCAUGUACUAUGUAUUCAACAUCAUCCUACCCUGCAUUCUCAUUACCAUCAUCGCCAUCUUUAACUUCUAUCUGCCUCCUGAUGCUGGAGAGAAGAUGGGUUUAACCAUCAACGUGCUGCUGACCCUCACUGUCUUUCUGCUCCUGCUGGCUGAUAAAGUCCCUGAGACAUCUCUGGGUGUCCCCAUCAUCGUCAACUACCUGAUGUUCACCAUGGUCCUGGUGACGUGUUCGGUUAUUCUCAGUGUGGUUGUCUUAAAUCUGCACCACCGCUCACCAAACACCCACGAAAUGCCCCUGUUAGUGCGUAAGAUUUUUAUCCACAUUCUUCCCCCAUAUCUGGGUCUCUUAAGGCCAAAAUUGGAGACACCUCUCUCUUUGGAGCGCCCACACAAAAAGGAGAACCACAAAAUCAUCAGUCGGGCAGCAGACGAAUACUUUAUUCGCAAGCCCAACACCUCUGUGCUCUUUCCCAAACCAAACAGAUAUCAGCCAGACGGCCUGUGCACUGACCUGAGAAAGUUCAUCGAUGGCCCCAGUCACUACCUGACUCUGCCCCCUGAGCUGAAAUCGGCUGUGGAGGCUAUCUGCUAUAUCGCUGAGCAACUACAAGCUGCGAAAGACUAUGAAGCACUAAAGGAAGACUGGCAGUAUGUGGCCAUGGUGGUUGAUCGACUUUUCCUCUGGAUCUUUGUCAUCUUCACCACUGUUGGAACAUUAGCCAUUUUUGCUGACGCUAGUUUCAAUGCUACUCCCACCGACCCCUUCAUGAGUCCUUGAUCCUAGCGGGCAUCACUCUUUUUUAAACCUUUGACUUUUUUAAACUUGCACAAAGCAUAAUGCUGGCUGUUGACAUUCACUUUGCAUUUUGCAGAGUGAUCUGCAAAGAAGGUAGUGUACAAUCUACAAAUCUGGAAGUUAACGAAGAUGAGCGUUACAUAAUAUAACAGUUACAUUAUAACAGCAAUAGGGCAAUGUGAGUUACUGUAAGCAACACACGACUAAGAAUAACUUAAGUGCUUUUGUGCAGUUUACUGAUAAUGAGAACUGGAUUAUUGUUUCAGCCAUGGGAUUCUUUUCUGUAGAAAUGUAUGUUAUUUGAUAAAUGUAUCAGCUUGAUGUGUUUAAUAAAGAUACUAUUUAAGUAAA